UUCGUCACGGAGAUAAUAUUAAAAACGCUAGGAGUGCAGAAAACAACAUUCACAUUUGACUGCGAUCAACAGAUAGAAGCGGAAACCACCGCUUGGGAGAGGCUCAAGCGAAUCCGUCCCCAGCUAGAUAAAAAAAUUGCAAAGAUAACCACGACAACAAUCGAUAAGAAAAAAAAACCUCGACUUGUGAAAAAGCGGCGAAACCCGAAAUUGAUUCAUUUUGCCAUAUUUAAAUGCGCAAUGUUAACACUUGCACGUUACGUCGCGCUGAUAAGCAGUUUAGGAUUUUUGACGAGUGUUGCGACUGGCAACGAACAAAAAAAUAAGGAAUGGUGGGAAACCACAUUGGUUUAUCAAAUCUGGCCCAGAGGUUUUCAGGAUUCCGACAACGAUGGCGAGGGUGACCUGAAGGGUAUUAUUAGUAAACUCGAUUAUCUCGAAGAUCUCGGGAUAGAGACAAUUUGGUUAAAUUCUAUUUACGAAUCGCCGUUCAUCGACUCGGGAUUCGACGUUUCCAAUUUCACGAAUGUAAAUUCUCUCUUCGGAACUAUGAAAGACUUCGAGGAUUUGGUGAAACAAGUGCACGUGCGAGGAAUGAAAAUUAUUCUGGACUUUAUUCCGAACCACUCCAGUGAUCAACAUAUAUUUUUCAAACGAUCGGUGAACAAACGGAAAUCGUAUACAGAUUACUACAUUUGGGCUGACGGUGGUGUUGACGAUAACGGCACGAGAACUCCACCGAAUAAUUGGGUGAGCACUUACAGCGACACCGAGGGGUCCGCGUGGACGUGGAAUAACGAGAGGAAACAAUGGUAUUAUCACAAAUUUCACCACACCCAACCGGAUUUUAACUUGAGAAACGAGGACUUGCUCGGAGAGUUAGAGCAAUCGCUAGAGUUCUGGCUGCUAAAAGGUGUCGACGGGUUUUGCAUUCAUUCGGUGCCGUAUUUCUUCGAGGACGGAGCUUUGCGAAACGAAUCGGUCGCCGGAAGUGGCGCUUACACUUUCGGUCUUCCCGAGAGCACGGCUCUUCUUUACAGACUUCGUCAAUUUGUCGACGAUUACGCGACAAAAUCGAAGGUCGAUCCGAAAUUGCUGAUCGCCGAAUCGUACGAUGCCUCUCACGAGAAUCUGAUGAAGUAUUACGGCAACAGCACGCACAAAGGCGUUCAACCUUUCAAUUUCAAUUUCAUCACGCGCAUACGUAACGACAGCGACGCCAGUGAUGUCAAACAGAUCGUUGACGAGUGGAUGAAACUUCUCCCGCAAAACUCUCCGACCAAUUGGGUGAUCUCAAAUCACGAAAAUUCGAGAGCAGCCGCGAGAAUCAGUCUCAAUCUGAUCGACGGUCUUCACAUGCUCGCUCUUCUCUUACCCGGGCAAGCGUACACUUAUUACGGCGACGAAAUAGCCAUGCUGGACACGAAGAUAACCUGGGAAGCUACCAUCGAUCCCAUGGGAUGCGCCAAAGGCCAGGACAAGUUCGAAAACUUUUCGAGAGAUCCGGCCAGGACCCCGAUGCAAUGGAACUCGGAAGUUGCGGCGGGAUUUUCGAAAAAUAAAACAACUUAUCUGCCUGUUAAUUCUGAUUACGUUUCUAGAAAUGUGAAAAUACAAAAGAACAAACUCAAAAGCAAUUUGCACACGUACAAGGAAUUGGCCAGUUUAAGAAAGAAAGAGGUCUUUAGGAACGGGGAUUACGAACUCGCAAGUUUGAACGACCAUCGUGUACUGGUGUUAAGAAGGUUUCUGAAGGAUUAUUACGUGUACAUCACCGUAAUUAAUUUUGGUUUACGGACGGAGCUGAUUGAUUUAACUAAGAUAUAUCCUGAUUUGAUAGAAACGCUGGAUGUUGUAGUUUCCUCUAGCAACGCGAUUCUCUCCCAGAGUUUUGUUUGGCGGAAUAAUAUCAUGUUGACGGCAAACGCUGCGCUCGUAUUAAAAGCCGAACGAUAUGUGGAAGAAACUUCAACCGCUUCAACGAUUACGUCGACAACCAGCACUGUUGCACCAUCGUCGAGCACCACGGAAUCUGAUAACGAGGCGUCGAGUUUCACAUCCGCGCUCCAUUUAGUGAUAAGCGCUGUUAUAACUGUAAUGGCAAUACAGAAUUUAGCAAUAAAAUAAAGAUAACGAAUUUGUAUGUGAUAUAAUAGAGAGUGCGCGACAAAAAUGUGAAAUGUCAAUUUUGUGCGAUCUUUGAUCAAAAUGUACGAUUGAGAGAUGCGAGAUACAAGAGCGAAUCAUAUUUUUCUCUCCGAACUUCCUCACACUUGGAGUUUUUUCCGUCGUUCAUAAUUUCAUUUAAUUUUUUGCAAAUGUGUUUAAGAACAUCGGACUAACGUGACUAAAUAAAGACUUUUUCCGGUUCACGAGAUUUAAUAAGUAUAUUUAAAGAUAAUAAGAAGCGAUACGCGGGAUUGAACGAGAUUAUAAAUUGUUAAUAAUAGCGAAGCUAUUAUUAUCUCUCUUGCGUGUGAAGUUAAAAACAGUUUACAGAUGUGUGUAUAGAGGUCAUUUGGGAUCACCAGAUAUCAGCUUGUGGUAGCAAUAUAUGUAGGUAAAUAUGGCCCGGAGAUUUAUUCCCCGCGAAGACUUCGAGAGAGAUCAACAUAAUUUUCUCGCGCGCGCGCUCGUCUAACAAUAAAUUAAAUCUAGAAGACGAGAAUCUGAAGACAUAUAAUAAAACACAUAGUAUCUCUAAAAGUGAUAGAGAAAAAGAGUUCGCGAGAACGCAAGAAAGAAAUGCCGGGGUUGCGAGUGUAAAGUGUUAAUAAUAUUAUUUUGCAAUCGUUGACGCAACAAAAAUUAUGUGUAGAAGAUAAUAGAAGUUUUGGAAUAUUUUUAAACGCGCGUUACUUUAGACUCUUGUUGUGCUGUGUGUGUGUAUAUACGAAAACAAGAUAGCGAGAGAGAGAAAAUGAAACUGCUUCACGAAAAACUCACAUUCGCUCGCGCUCAGAACGCCCCAACGUACGACGCCAUUCCACUGAUUGUUAUCGAUAAGGGGAAAAGCACGCAUUUCGAAGUUCACGGAGACGAUCUGAAGUAUUACGUUUCCAGUCCGUUCUGGAUGAAAUUUCGAUUGUUGUUAUUUUGGAUACUGUGGAUUGCGCUCGUAACGGCAAUGAUAACCCUUGUUCUUACGUGUUUUUGUUUCACGCCACAAUUCUGUUACAAUUCACAUGUUCAUCGCUACAUUCGCAGUCAUAUGCAAGAAUAAGGUCAUUACCGGUGAUACGUAUCUUAUCGACAGAUUGUUGUCGUGACGCGCGAUGUUAUCGAGAUCGUUGAAUUCCUUGGUGCAAAUUCGACUCUUCGAAUGGAAUGGUGUGAUAUAACAAUUAAGGGUGCCGUAUAUAAUUGGCGUCGAAUGGCGUCGAUAUUUAAGUAGUCUCUCUACUUGGGGGUGUCACGAAUAUUAAUCUGAAAUUUCGACUGUCAUAAAACAUUCGCAAAUUUCCAGAUUACACGUAACUUACUUCGAUAAUUAAAAAAAAAAAAAAAAAUAAAAACUCAUUUAACAAAGUAGACG